AUGUCGCCGGGUGUGCAUCCUAUACAGGAUGUUGGGAUUAGCGCUAUUGAAAUAUACUUCCCUAAGAACGUUGUUAAUCAAACUGAUCUUGAGAAGGUAAGAAAGUACACUGUUGGGCUUGGACAGGAUCAGAUGGGAUUUUGUGCAGACAAUGAGGACGUCGUGUCCAUCUCGCUCACUGUCACAGAUGCACUAUUGCGAAAAUAUUAUAUUGAACCGUCAUCGAUUGGAUUUCUUGCUGUUGGCACAGAAACUCUCAUUGACAAAAGUAAAAGCGUAAAAACAGAGCUGAUGAGAUUAUUUGGAGACAACAGCGAUAUUGAGGGUGUUGACGUGAAAAACGCGUGUUUUGGUGGAACUCAAGCUGUAUUCCACGCAAUUGAUUGGGUAUACGCAAACUAUUCAACGGAAAAGCGGAACGCCAUUGCUGUUCUUGCCGACAUAGCUGUAUACGAGCCAGGUCCUGCGAGGUCUACGGGAGCUCAAUGGCGGUCAUCAGGAAGGAACGGAGCAGGAGCUAUUGCAGUACUGAUCACCCCAGAUGCCCCCAUUGUAUUCGACCGUGGGCUUCGAGCUUCAUACAUGGCGAGCUCUUGGGAUUUCUAUAAACCGAUCGGUAGGACUUCCACCGAAUAUCCUAUUGUCGAUGGUCCUGUAAGCCUGCAGUCUUAUAUGAAUGCUCUGGAUAACUGUUAUGUUCGCUUUAGGCAGAAAGCGUUGAAUAUAUACGGAGAAGAAGAGCUUGGCGGGGUCGGGUCAGGAUGUUUCUCUCUCGUCAUUCUCAGCGGCAAUGUUUCAUUCACCAUUUACGCGCAUGGUGCAGAAGGCAGUAGCGCGACUUUCUUACAGUCGUCGUUUGAAAACCGCGAAGUGAUGAAUUGUCUUCUGUGUGGUUCCGAAUCAUUAUGGAAUCAAAAAGUGAAUCCCUUUCUUGUGUUAAACCGACGAAUUGGUAACAUGUACACACCGUCGCUGUUCGCUCAGUUGGUGGCUUAUCUGGCAUCGGGGGUUGUCGACGACUUGAGUCGAUUACUGUUUUUUGCAUAUGGUAGUGGAUCAGCAUCUGCAAUGUUUUCCGCAUCCAUCCGCGACCGGAAUGACGAACAUCUCAUUCGUAUGCGAGAAGUGUGUCGCACCGCGGUAGGUUAG